CACGCUGCCAGAAAGGGAGCCCCGCGGGGAGCGCGUUGGGUAGCGCUUACGGGAUGCUGCAUUGCAGGAUGAGGUCCGACCCCACGCUCGCCAGGCGUUGUCGCCGCUAGGGUCGGCGACGUCAUGCGUCACGGCAGCCCCGCGGACACACGGACGGACAGACGCGUCUCGCACAGCUGGCAGCGUGCUGGCAGUACCGGGCUACACAGAUGUCCGAGGGUCUUUGAUCUGGAGACACAGCCUCGGCCGCUCACGUUUCGAGUGCCAUCUCUGGUCGUGGCCUCGGCGGCUUGGCGUCGCCGUUUCCUUCCCUCCACGGACGGGCGCCACUGCCCAACCUGCCGCCACCAAAGCUGGCGAUGUCAAGAGUUCCGAGUCCCCCCCCCCCCACGGAAAUGUCCAGCGGGCCCGUGGCUGAGAGCUGGUGUUACACUCAGAUUAAAGUGGUGAAGUUCUCCUACAUGUGGACCAUCAACAACUUCAGCUUUUGCCGUGAGGAGAUGGGCGAGGUCAUCAAGAGCUCCACCUUCUCUUCGGGAGCCAACGAUAAGCUCAAAUGGUGCCUGCGGGUGAACCCGAAAGGUCUGGACGAGGAGAGCAAGGACUACCUGUCCCUCUACUUGCUCCUUGUCAGCUGUCCCAAGAGUGAGGUGCGUGCCAAGUUCAAAUUCUCCAUCCUGAACGCCAAGGGUGAGGAGACCAAAGCUAUGGAGAGCCAGAGAGCCUACAGGUUUGUCCAAGGAAAGGAUUGGGGCUUCAAGAAGUUCAUCCGCCGGGACUUCCUGCUGGAUGAGGCCAACGGACUCCUGCCAGAUGACAAGCUGACCCUGUUCUGCGAGGUGAGUGUGGUGCAGGACUCCGUAAACAUCUCAGGCCAGAACACCAUGAACAUGGUGAAGGUGCCUGACUGCCGACUGGCCGACGAGCUGGGCGGCCUCUGGGAGAACUCGCGCUUCACCGACUGCUCCCUCUGUGUGGCAGGACAGGAAUUCCAGGCCCACAAAGCCAUCCUGGCAGCUCGCUCGCCCGUGUUCAGCGCCAUGUUCGAGCAUGAGAUGGAGGAGAGCAAAAAGAAUCGCGUGGAGAUCAACGAUGUUGAGCCUGAGGUCUUCAAGGAGAUGAUGUGCUUCAUCUACACAGGCAAGGCGCCCAACCUGGACAAGAUGGCAGACGACCUACUGGCCGCAGCAGACAAGUAUGCGCUGGAGCGUUUGAAGGUGAUGUGCGAGGACGCCUUGUGCACCAGCCUGUCGGUGGAGAAUGCUGCAGAGAUCCUCAUCUUGGCCGACCUGCACAGCGCCGACCAGCUCAAGACGCAGGCUGUUGACUUCAUCAACUACCACGCAUCAGACGUGAUGGAGACCUCGGGCUGGAAGUCCAUGGUUGUCUCCCACCCCCACCUGGUGGCCGAGGCCUACCGCUCCCUGGCCUCGGCGCAGUGCCCCUUCCUGGGGCCGCCCCGCAAGCGGCUCAAACAGUCCUAGGGGCCCGGCCGGCACCCCCUCCCCCCGUUCCCUGCCGCCGCCCCCCUCAGCUCGCCCAGUACAGGCCGGCGAGUCGCUCCCUUCCCGUCGUCUUCUAGCUCCAAGCCCCCCUCAGAAGGGCCCCAGUGUGAACACUCCCUUCUCCCGCUCCCUGCCCAGGCAACGCUGCUGCACUCUGUCCCUCAGCGGUCGACGGCGGAGUAAGACAAGGCGAUGAGCCGGAAUCUUCCGGCAGGCCGGCCCCUCCCAGGCGAGAGUCCGCAGACGGCGCUCGUGCCUCGGCCCCACGGCGGAGGAGGUAUGCAGCGAUGGCGGGCGGGCGUGGUCGCUCGCUCGUCACGCUUACUGACGGCUCCGAUGAGAGGAGGAGUGGCAAACUCUUGGACGAGAAGCUCACCAAGGACUUCGAGACCCUGAAUCUCUUUGCUUUGUCUUGUCGAGUGCCUCCUACUGGUCAACCUUCUGUUUUUUUUUUUAUUUUUGUUUUUUUUCCUGUCGCAAAAGGAGAACUUUGAAAACCAUUUGAUCGCAGCAGUGCUCGGUUUGAAAGUACUGAUUGGAAAACCUGCGGUGAGAUCAGUGGAGAUGACCUGGUUUUCCAUAUUUUUUGAGCCGGAAUAUACCGGAACAGGCACUGCUGAGGAUAGUCUCGGUUUCGCUCGGUCCGCCUCCCUUUCAGUCUGCCCUCCCUUCGCCCUCGGGCACCCUCGGUGCAGGAAAUUGCGUCCCGAAGCGAGAUGGGAGUCUGCAGCAGGCGGCGACCCACUGGGUAAAGACCUUGUCGAGACUGAAGGACCUACAGGAAGAGAAGAUGUUUCCAGCUGGGUCACAAUAGGCCAGCAGACAGAGGACAGAAGGGAUGGAGAUGUGUAAAAUAAAUUAUUCUCUUUGUGAGAUCUUUGUAUUUGAACAUUCUGCUAGUAGCACUUGUGUUUAAGUCUUAAAGUCCAAGGCUUCCUUGCGAAAUCCUGAAAUACAUCAGAAAAUGGGUUAAAAAAAAAAUAUAAAUAAAAGAUUCCGUCAGUUUUAUAGUGCAAAACCAUCAGUAAAUGUGUGCCGUCAGGUUCAGUCAGGCAUGUAGAUCUCGCCGUGGUUUUAUUUUCUCCAUUUUGUUUCCAGAAGAGACCUUUGUUGUUGUUUUUCUUCUUUCAUAGGCGUUUGUGCGAAACAUCAGUGUUUUCAAAAGAA